AUGUUCCUGUCACAUCGAGCCGUUACAAGAUUUUGUGUUCAUGUGGUAGUGCCUAUAUGGGAAAGACCUGUAUACCCAUACGAGAGAGGUUGUUCGAACACAAAACAGCCUGCAAGGGAAUGUGAGUCCAAAAAUCAAAAUCGGCCGAACACGGCUCGCACAGGACACCAGAUAGAUUGGUCUAAUGUCAAACGCUUUGCUGGAUAUGGAGACUAUGCCAGUAAGCGAAAGAUUGGGGAGGCCAAAGAAAUCAACAUAGUGGCCAACACCCUGAAUGGAAGUAAUGAGUGUAGGAACAUGGUGUCCUGCUCCGACGAUGUCCGUCACAUGACGGACAAAGCUCAGCAGGGACUCGUCGGGGUCGCAGGGCGGUGCGCCGAGGACCUAUUCGCACAAAUCUACAACCACAGCUCCAAGGUAACCUCCCAGAGCCUCUGGUGGAGCCAACUUACGAAUCCCCUCUACUCUUCUCUUUAA